AUGUCAAAAGAGAGAAACGAGGCUUUGCGUAUAGAAUGUGCUAAGUUAACAAAUGAAGUGGUUGGAAAUAUUUUAUCUGGCAGUCCUUUGCUUGAAUCGUUAGAACUGGGCAUCUUCUUUAACGAUGGGUUUGAUCAUCUGCAUAUUGAUUCAAAACGUUUGAAAAGGUUGGCUUUAAAUCCUUUUGAUCCUAAAGACAGAGAGCAAUAUGUGCUUAAAAUUUCAGUCUGCCCUACUCUUGAUUUUGAUAUAGAUGACGAGCACAAUGAUGUCGAGCAUCUUUUUAACCAGGUUAUGCAUGUUAAGGAGCUAAAAAUGGGGACUUGGUCUCUGCAGACCAAAUGCUUAACAAUAGAUGCUUCCAAAUUUGACUUGGACCUCCAUGGGAUUGUAAGGUUACUUCGAAUUUCACCUGAGCUAGAGAAAUUAGUCACAAAGUUCUGCGAUGGCAGAUGUGAGCAGUAUUUAUGUGAUUAUGAUGACCUGGACUCCUAUGAAGUAGCAGAGUGCUAUUUGAUGUUACAGAAGACAGUUUUCACUUGUUUGUCAUCGCAUCUGAAGACUGUUGAGAUCAUUGGCCUUAAUGCAAGCGUUGAUGGGUAUGAACUUGUACUAAAUUUUGUGGAGUUUUUGCUUAAGAAUGCAGGAGUAUUGGAGAAGCUCAUCAUAUAUGAUGCUGAACAUCCGCAUGUUACACAUACAUUAGAUUUUGUGCUUGAAGUUUCUCAAAAAUUGUUAAGCUUCCAGAGAGCUUCACCUCAUGCCAUGAUUAUUUUGUUUCCCAAGUGAUGUUUGAUAGUU